AUGACGUCAUCGGAAAUUGUCGGAGAGAAUGAUGAUGAUCAUCAAUUCACAAAACCACUUGGAAGAUUGUCUGUCUUCUUCUAUGGAGUUGGGCAUAUGCUUAACGACAUCACUGCUUCUUGUUGGUUCACUUACCUCCUCUUGUUUUUAACCCAAAUUGGUCUCUCCCCAAGGGAUGCUGCAAUUGUCAUGCUCUCUGGUCAAGUUGCUGAUGGUUUUGCUACUGUCUUCGUUGGUGAAUUGAUUGAUAGAUUUGGGCAUUUCAAAAUCUGGCAUGCAGCAGGAUCUUUAUUAGUGGCUAUCUCAUUUUCCUCUGUUUUUGGAGGUUGCUUGCCAUGUUCAAUCUUCCACAGUGACUCUUUAACGUUCGAAACCGUAUCAUACAGCAUGUUUGCAGCUAUCUUCAAUAUUGGAUGGGCUGCUACUCAGGUCUCCCACAUGGCUAUGGUCAAUUGCAUUACACUGAAUUCAACAAGCAGAGUAGCUCUAACAAGCUCCCGUAACGCAUUUAGCAUGGUUGCUAAUUUAGGGUUAUACGGAAUUGCUUUGAUUGUGUUUGGUGUAAGCAAGGCAGAUACAAAAGCAAAUACAGAACUACAGUAUCGUUGGAUUGCUUAUUCAUGCAUCACCGUAGGCUGCUGCUUUGUGGUCAUAUUUCUCAUGGGGACAAAGGAACCACGGCUGCGGAUUAAUCCAAGAGAAAGUAACCGAGCAAGAAUACCAUGGGCUUAUUGGUUCCGCAAGAUUCUGUAUUAUCAAGUCGCUAUGGUUUAUCUCCUCACUCGACUUGUGUUAAAUGUUUCACAGGCAUAUCUUGCAUUCUUUGUUAUUGAUGACUUGAAAAUGGCUCAAUCCGCUAAAGCUCUGAUUCCUGCAAUAAUCUACAUUUGCAGCUUCAUUGUAUCGGUUAUGCUUCAGGAGAUUCCAUGGAAUGGAAAACGUCUCAAAGCCUACUAUUGUGCCGGUGGUAUUAUUUGGAUAUUCUGUGGUAUAUCAGUCCUUUUAUUGCCAAGAAGUAUUAACUCUUUCAUGUAUGUGAUCUCUGUCUUUAUCGGCAUCGCAAAUGCAUUGAUUCUGGUGACAGCAAUUAGCAUGCAGAGUGUGUUAAUUGGUUCAGAAGUUGGUGGAUGUGCUUUUGUUUGUGGAUCUUUGAGCUUCUUAGACAAAAUGUCAUGUGGACUUGCUUUAUAUAUUCUUCAGUCACACCAAAGUGCUUCACCACAAGUGGAUGUAAACAUGAAACAAAGUUUAUAUUUUUCGGUGACAAGAUAUGGAUUAGGACUUGUUCCAGCUGUAUGUUCUUUUAUUGGCGUCCUUGUCACUUAUUUCAUGGAACUUGAUAGCACGAUUCUUAAGCCAUUGUGUCAACCUCUACUACUAGAAUGA